GGAAGGAGACUGCUAGGCAUGCUUGCUGGGUGUAUUUGGAGCUCAUCACCAGGGUUGGAGGCUCCUCCAGGGGCGUGCAGCAGAGGAGAGCACAUUGACAAGCUCUGUGCUGCAGGGACAAUUCACCUGAACUGCACCUAAAGAGAAUCCUCAGCAGGCUGGGGCAUGGGAAGAGCUCCCUCCUGCCAGCCGUGGCAUGGCCAUGGGGCUGGAAGAGCAGAAGGGAGAAGCGUUGAGGUUUGGGCGGCGCUGGAGACGGGAGGCUGGGCACGAUGCACAGGUCCUCUGCUGCUUCUGGCACCUCUUCUGGACCGCCUGGCUCGUGCCCUUCCUUCCAGCUUCCUCCAGAGGAGACACAAAGCUGCAAAACGAUGUUUCGGAGGGCUGUGUUUGCACGGGGACGCACCACAGCUCCCCGUGCAGAUGGCAGAGCCAUAGCUCCGUGAGCUUGGUGCCAUGCCAGGGGCUGAUCCUGACUGCAGAACGCACCUUAGCCUUCCCGGCCACCAGCCCCGGCACAGUGAUGCCCAGCAACCUGGAGCUCUGUGAAACAAGGAUAAAACCCACCGAGGGUCAGGAACGUUCCCGUGCAGCGAGCGCAAGGCAGCGCUACCACCGCCUGCGUCAGAAUGAGCAAGCAACUUGUGGCCAGGGCGACAGAAAAAAGGACAGCAGCACCAAUCCAGAUUACCUCCGUACUGAGACCACCGAAGAAGGCAGGUUAUACAGCACUAGUUACUGGAGCAAAGCAGCAGCUUUUCCUUCCUUGUUCUUCUGGCUUCCCUCCCCUCUAAGUAAAGUUUAGGUUCUCGUAUGAGUUUAAAACAUUAUUGCUGGAAAGAGGCUGCCUCCUGCAUCACAAAGGAAGAGCCACGUGUCGGUGCAAAGCAUGGGUGCCACCUCACGAGCACGGCAGACAGAGUGCUGCAGCCUUCAUCCCCAGCAGCACGGGCCAGGUGAAGCGGUGCUUCAGGAGCCUUCGCCUGCACCUGGCAGCCAAAAGCAAAAAUCAGCCUCCAGAUGGGGGCUGGCUGCUUUUCUUUGACAAAAGAAGGCAUGCUGCUAUAACAUAAAAAGGUGAUGGGCAGCGAGGGCUCUGCUCAUUUUUCCAUCAGUAAUUUAGCUUUUGUCCAGUCAGCAAAGUGAGUAAGGACUGGCAAAACAGUGUAAAUGCAUCUAAAAGCUAAAACCCUGUAUGCUGUGCAACCAGACUAGUAAGGUUCAUGGUGUAGAAAAUUCUCAGAAUUUUCUUCAUUCACACCAACUUAAUUGCCCAAAGAACAUCUGGAGAGAAGACCUGGCCACUCAUUGAAGUCCUGAGCAGUGACAACCCACAUUUCUGAAAAUGCUUAUCAGAUCCUCUCUCAAAACCAGGGGCAGUUGCAGCUUAAGUAUAGGGAAGGCUGAAAAAGAGCACAAUUCUUCCAGUUCCUUUUAGGACUUUGUCGCACAACCCAAAAAUGCAGAAGUGAAACAGAUCUGUUGUGUUUUUUUAAUAUACAGAGUAGAUGACCUUUAAGGUGCACUUUCACCUGUUGUUACUUUGCAGCUAGGAUGAAGAGGCUCAGAAACUGUGAGAAAUAGAGAAUUAAAGAGCAAACAAAAUGGGAACAGCCACAAAGUUGGACAAGUAUCAGUAUUUACUGGGCAGGAGUUAGCACAGUGUAUACCGCUACACAAAACACAUUAUUUAUUCCUUGAGCAUUCAGCUGCAGCUUGCUCGCAGGACUGCCGUACUCGCAUGGCCACGCUGCUGUGAGCCCUCGGCCGGACCCACGUAUGCUCGAUAGCUCUGCUGCUGCUUUUCCGAAGGGCAAGUUUAAGUGUGCCGGUUACCAGCUCUGUCUGCAGCAAAGCCGAGCGGCUGAUGAACAAGAUUAGACAGAACAAUUUCAUACAUGGUAUUUAGCACAGCUUUAUGUGCUUUUUAAAAACAGUACUGUUUGCCCUGGAAAAGAGCAUUUUUCUUUCUUUCUUUUCUUGUAAGUGUUCCUGUAUCGAGAGCUGAGGGCUGUGAUAGGAGUUAGCGCGGUGGGGUCUGAGUUUUGUGCAAGACGUCUGGCUGCCAUCGCAGUGCUCACCUAACUGUGUGUUACUGCGGAGAGCGAGCAAAAUGUGGAAACUGCUACUUCACUGGGUAAGAAUCUGCAUAUGUUCAUGCUGUGAACACACGAUGGGCUCUACGAGGCUCUAUGAGGACAGAAACAGGUGUUUACUCCUUCCUACAUGAUUUAUUUGACCUCUUCUCUAAAUCCCCUUCUCAUGCCAGUACAUUUCCACAUAAAUCCCAUGCUAAAAUUUUAUCUACAGAAAGCAUAUAUUGUAUAUGCAUUGGCUGGCCCAUGAAAUAUCCAUAAUUAAAUUUCAUGAAACCUGCAUUUUUUUUAUAUGUAAGUUCAGACACUCUGAGAAAUAAAAUAGGAACAGGAGAGUUCUGGCCAACUUCUGUAGGCCUAUAGACUUAUUAGGUAUUCCAGCCCAAGGAAACCAGGAAUGUCAGUACUCCUGUCCAAAAAUAUCCUGUUAAGAGUAUUUUAUUUUAAUCACAGCUGUGCUAAAAAAUACACAGUUCUCUUAUACCGUCCAAUCAUCUUUCUCUGUUAUGAUGAAAGUACAUUUUUCGUGUUUUUUAUUACAAUCAUCUUGAGGACAGACAUGCCAAUAUCUGAGCAUAUUUUAAAGAUUGGAAAUCCACAUUGUACGUAUCCAUCACGGUUAGCAUUACGCACACCCAAAACCUGCACAGGACCGCUCGGCAGCUGUAUUUAACCCAGUUGUGUUUCAGGCAGGGACCGUGUGGUGAAUUUAUUCGGGACAGACCGGGAGCACCCGAGGCUGUGCUUCAGGUGCCGGCGGCGGGGCCACGGUGACUGGGCUGCGAUAUUAGCAACUCUCGCACAUAUUAACUAACUUCUUUAUUCACGGAUCAAUCGACACCACCGUUAGUUUUAUUGACUUUAUAAUUAGCAGGAUCUUAGUUUUGUUUGAAUAAAGCUGUUUUUUUACCCAGCGUAAAAUCUAUCCC